AUGGGAUUAGGCCUAUUUCCUAGUUCCUCCACCUGUGCAUCCAGUCAACGCCGUCUAUUUCUUCGGGAGCAUGCAGCCAUCCAAGCUUCGAGCUCUCUAUUAUUGGCUCGACAGAUUCUCCCCCCUCGAAGUUUUUCGGUUGCGGUUCCUCUUCUGAGAAGCAAUGGCAGCCGUAAACAAUCCGAGCUACCUGAAUUACCACCGGGAUUCACUUGGCCUGUACCACCUGGAAGCGAAGAUCUCCCUCCACCUUCCAAUCAAUCCUAUUGGAAGAAAGUACUCAAGCCGAAUUUUGAACAUAUUUACAAAGAUAAUUAUCUGGACGUAAGCGUGAACUUUCCGGGUACCCAAACCUGGCCGUCGAUGAAAUACUACAAUCACAUGAACUCUUACAUCAAGAAUUUGGAAAUGCCGAUCACAAAUCAAAAUGCAAUUACGGGAUAUUGGAAACGAUUUUUAAAAUUGUACAAGGAGAUAGACCGGAUACACCUCACAUUGCGUCGACCAAAUAAUGAACGCUGCUAUCCAGACAUGAUGUGGCAGGAUAGUCCCUUAGAUUUGACAGUUGGCGAGUUCAAACCAAAGGGUCACCAACCUAUCGAAGGCCAAACGCAAUGCUUUUUAUAUGCACAGUAUGGUGUAUGGGACAAAAUCGCCCGCAACUUGUGGGCUUCCUAUUGCUGGGACCUCGCAGGGAACAGGACCUUGACCGCCACACAAAUCGACAAGAUCUCAAAACAAGCGAUGGAGCAAGUCUUUGCAGACUUGAAAGGCAGAGUAGUCGUUAUGGUAAUUCAUGUUCAUGAAGAGGUGGAGAUUUUGGUCGCCCCACAAUGUCAGCUUCUUUUGGAUUACCUGACCGGUCAGAAUAUGACCAAACCCAGAAACAUUGUUCCGAAACCGAGCAGAAAAUACCAUUGGCUUAACGAUGCAGAUGAAAUAUAUCGUGCUUUGACGGACGCGGUGGAGCAGGGAUCGAACGUGGUGAAGAGCGAGGAGGCCGCCAUUCAGAGUCGUAUUCUGGCAUUUAAAGAGGGGCAGCGUUCUACGGUAUUGGAAGGCGAAAAGACAAAGGCACAGAAGGCAUCCCAGCCGAAAAAGACCGCCAAGUACGAGAACAGUGUGGCUAAGACAAAGGCACUGACACCGCCCCGGCCGAAGAAUGCCACCAAAUACAAAAACGCUGUAGCUCCAAAAAUGUUGUGCGAACCCACUGCUGCUGUCAUUCGUGUGCCGGAAAAAAAGAAGAGAUGGGCCCAGAUCGCCACCGAGACGUGGUUCUUGACAGCAUCUCUAGCGUGCACGACACAAGCGACCUUGAAACUCUCGGAACUUUUGGGGAACUAA